AUGAGUGGCAACAGCACAAGCCAGUGUGUAAAAAUGGAGAUGGAAUGGGCAGUCGUUGGAGGUAGUAUGAUGGAAGAAACAGUACGAAACCUACUGCAGAGUCAAGGAUCUCCAGAGCAGAAAAAAGAAGAAACUGUUAAUACACUGGUCUACCAGGAAAAACUGUCGAAGGAUGAAAGAAAACAAAAGGAAGCACUGGAUGAUCUUCACGUGGUGGUAGAUGAAGAUUCGAGGAGCGAAAGUAGCAGUACAGAUGAGAGAAAAGAGAAGACCAAAUUGCUGCUAGAAAGAUUGAAAGCUCUAGAGGCGGAGAAUUCAGCUUUGGCUUUGGAAAAUGAAAAUCAAAGAGAGCAAUAUGAGAGGUGUCUUGAUGAGGUAGCCAACCAAGUUGUUCAAGCUUUGCUCACUCAAAAGGAUCUACGGGAGGAAUGUGUAAAGUUGAAAACAAGGGUAUUUGAUUUGGAACAACAGAACCGAACACUAAGCAUCCUGUUUCAACAGCAAGUCAGACCAAGUUCUGAUCUGAUCCUCCAG